CCGAAGGAACGCACCCUAAAAGAUUAACGAUCAUUAACACACUUCAUUUAGAUUAAACCGCAAAAAAAGUGCAGUCAACCAAUCUGGUCAUUUUUCACUCGCUCCCGGCAACAAUCACGUGGCAUUGAACACGAGCUUGCUACAAUAUGUCUCCAUACAUGACGUACUUACAACGAGAUCGUUUUGCUCUAGUUAAGGAUUUUGUUCGUGUCAAAUUAGUUUGUAAGGGCGCUAUUUUCAGGAUUUUCUUACGACCAUGAAAUUUCACCGCCACUUUCAGAUCAUCGCUUCUUUCGGGGGUCAUAAUUUUCGAAACCUUACGUGUCUUCAGAAACAAGUGAGAACAAUGAGUCAGUCGAUUUAUGAUUUCACCGCUAAGAACCUGAAAGGGGAUGAGGUCACCUUGUCAAAGUACAAAGGGAAAGUGGUGCUGAUUGAAAAUGUGGCCUCUCUCUGAGGUACAACUGUCAGGGAUUACACCCAGAUGAACGAGCUUAUGGAUAAGUACAGUAAGAAGGGGCUCGCUAUUCUGGGUUUUCCCUGCAAUCAGUUCGGUCACCAGGAGAACUGCAAUAACAGUGAGAUUCUCAAUUCCCUGAAGUAUGUACGGCCUGGGAACGGGUUCGUGCCCAAGAUCGAUCUGUUCAGUAAAGUCGCAGUCAAUGGCAAAGACGCACAUCCUCUGUUUGUCUUCCUGAAGAAGAAACUGCCACACCCAGUCGAUGACGAGGAACAUCUGAUGGGCGACACCAAACUGAUAAUAUGGAAUCCAGUACUCAGAUCUGACGUGUCGUGGAAUUUUGAGAAGUUUCUUAUCGAUUCAAAUGGUGUACCUUUUAAGCGAUACAGUAGAAACUUCCUCACAGCGGACAUUACGCGUGAUAUUGAAACUCUAUUGUCCAAGAAGUAGCUUCCGAGAUAUAGGAACGUACGUUAACCUGAGAAUGUUGUGAAAAAAAAAAAGGAAAAAAAAACACCAGGGAGAAAUGACUACUUAUCAGAUUCAAAAUAUUUCCAUGUCUGUUAUAAGGCAUUCAGGAUAAUUUUUGCGGAGCGCAAACGUUUUUAGGCAAGCAUUUAGUAAUUGUGUUUAGAACAUAUUCAGUAGGGUCAAGACGAACAAAAAAUUGAGGUGAGUCCGGCGAGCGAGGCUGUAAGUCGCGAAUCAGGGAUCUGGAUACCAGAUAUUUUGCCCACCAAAACUGGAUUCGGAGUGCUCUGUGGCACUUUCGAGAGACUUUAUUCAGACACAGCACGUGCAUUCAGGGAUGUGUUGCCAAGAAACGUCCACAUUUUGAGCAAGAAGUUGACCUGUACCAGGUAUCUGGCUCAUUGAGGAGCAUGCAGCAUGAAAAACCGCAAGAGAAAAAACAGGGAAGGAUUGCAGCGCGCUUUUUCCUCCCCAGAGCCGCCUGUCCCUCUUAGCCGAAGGGGCUUUGAACAGACCGUUCUGGGGACAAGAAUGUGCAAUGUUGGAAAGGUUUUCGCGCCGAUCCCCUCCCUUAUUUUCUCUCGCAAUUCUUCUUGCUGCCUGUACUAACCGAACAUCUGGGACAGGCUUGCUAGAAGUCAUCCGCCAAGUUCUCUGAUUACUUUCAGAACUUUCUUGAUUACCUUCAGAACGCCAUAUUCAUUCACCCAACACGUAUUUACGUUUAAGUUUUUUUUUCAGCUUUAGCAAGAGAUGUACCUAAUACAUUAAGAAGUUAUUGGCAAAAUUGUGUUUAAAAAUGAGAAAAGGGAAUACAAAUUAUCUGGAAGUGAGUCAUUACUCCCUCUUUGACAUUCAGUGAAACGUUAUGGAAAGGUGUAUUGUAUCAGGUUAGAGGUUCACCACGUAAAUUGCGGGAAAACACGCCCACUGGCAUUGGUCAUUGAAGAUAAGAGAAUUGAAGUUCACUGUUAGGGUUUGUGUUGUGCAUGACGGCUUACACGUAAAAAUGUUAGUGUACGCUUGAUGUUAAAACACACCAUGUAUGUUUAGAGCGGUUUUAGAGAGCCUGACGCCAGCAAGUGUACGCCCUUGCGUGACAUUAUGAUGGAGCUGAUAGAAAGAGUUUUUUAAAAAAAGUUGUCAGAUCUUGAAGGAAAGCAUGGACUCGUCCGUUUGGGGUGAGGUUGGAACUUGCUGGGUGAAAAACGAAAAGUGGGCGUGUCAGUUCCCCGUAGAUUGUAAAAAAAUAUUAAAGAAAAGUUUUGGACGUUUGUGUUUGCCUUACUGGA